CCAAAACUCUCAUUACUCUUCUCGCACUUCGAAUACGCGUCUGGCAUUCGUUUCUGUUGGGUCACAUACAGAAGAAGAAUAAGAAGAAAAGAAGAGUAAAGUUGAACAGAGCAAUACUAUGACUACACCAUGGCUUGAAGCAGGUCCCACCCACUCUCAACAAUGAGAGCAAACUCUCGAUCUACCUAUCCUAGCUAUUGCUAACGAAGACCCUUCAAUUACACUACAAUGGGGAAAGCAGAGGAAUUCGAGACCGGUCACCAAGACCGCGUCACAGUCCUCCACACGAAUUUCAACGGCACACGGAUCCUCACCGCCUCAAUCGACCACCGCAUCAAAGUAUGGCACCGCGACUCGAAAACCGGGGAACGAACAUUAAUCGACACAUUCACUGCGCACGAUGCUGAUAUAAGAGAUGCCAAAUUCCUCCAUCCAACGCUGGGUUCAUACAUCGCCAGCAUAGGCAACGACCUCAAAUUCCACCUCUGGACCGAGGACGUCUCGCAGGCACCAAACUCAGGCCGACGAUUCCGACGCAUCUGCACCAUCCAAUCCACCCCAAGGGUGCCCUUCGUGUCCCUCGACCUCAAGACCACCGACAACGUCUACACCACGCUCGCAUUGAUCGAUCGGCAAGGCCUGUUGAGUAUCUACGAGCCCACCAACCCAGACGAGCUCAAGGAGUGGUCGCUCAUCGAUACGUUCAACGUAUGCGGCUCGACGCCGCCCGGCCGUGGCGACGAGACCAGCUUCAAAGUCCGCUGGGACCAAAACCCGACUCCACUCGCGUACAUCAACAGUCUCUCCGACGACCGCGCGCAGCUGAGUCUGGUGGUCAGCGUGCUCAACGAGGUCAAAAUCUAUAGGUCCGUCGUGCCCGGUGGAGACUUCUCUGCGACCGACCGCGCAACUCACCGGGUAAUGUUUUUCGAGGCCGCGAGACUGCCGCGGCACCCAGCACUCGUGCGCGACGUGGCGUGGGCGCCGUUCAGCGUGCAAGGGACAGACCGGAUCGCGACGGCGUGCAAGGACGGGACGAUACGGAUUUUCGAACUAAAUGUCGCCGAGGCAUCUGGUGGAGCCAGGACAGAUGCCGCAGCAGCAGCGAAAAGUGUGCAGACUAUAUCGGCGCAAAGACAGCAGCAACAGCAGCAGUCAAGCCUCACGUCGGGGCUGACAGGGCGAGGGUCAAGUACGAGCACGCCGACACUGUCUGCGCCAGCACCGACACCUUCGCGGGCUGCGCGGACCGGCCAUGUCUUCCCUUUCGCCACGAGCAUCCACUCGACAAUGAGUCUACCAAGUGCGCACACAGAUGCGUGGUCCGUAUCAUUUGAUGGACAGGGCCAAGUAUUGAUGAGCAGUGGUUCGGAUGGAGUCACAAAGCUAUGGCGUAGGAGCGUGCUUGGUGGGCAGUGGCUGGUGUUUGCUGGGCAGGAGAUUCUCGAUGCUGGCGAAGACACCGACGGCGAAGACUUGGACGAAGACGGUGACGACGUUACAGAUUAAGGGAAUAAUUUUGAAACAAUUGUGCCUAGCAGUCGCACAAUGGGUAUCAAUAAGCAUCAACAGCUA